AUGGAAUCACGAGGAAGAAAAAUUUUAAGUAUGGUUCUUGAUGAUCAAGCCAAUAGGCAUACCGAGUCUACUGAGGAGCCUCAGAUUGCUGAGUAUUUAGAAUACACCUGUGGUAAUGAAAAUUAUCACAAUACGGCAAUAACUACUCCAAACAUUAAUUCAUCGACGGAUUCGUCGAAGAGAACAAUGGUUGAAAAAUGGAUAGAUAGUAAUAACUUUGAAAAUCAGGAUCCUAUGCUGUUAAACAGUGAGACUUCAGAAACAGUAAAUACACCCAUUAUAACUGCAUCGGAUACAGAUGAUAUUACGGUUGAGAAAUGCACAGACAGCAAGGACUAUAAAAUUCAGAAGCCUAUGUUAGUGGAUAUUUCGGACGGAGUAAACCCACCCAUUAUAAAUAAAACCUCAGGUAAUGAGGAUUCCGAUUCCUCAAAUAAUGGAGAUUUUUCACCAUCAGAAGGUUCAGAAUAUAAGCCUCCAAGUCGUGCGAGGGAGAUUGAACGCAACACUAGAUCCUCCCAACCUAGAAACUUGUCAAGUUCUUCUAGUUCCAGCAAUAGCUCUUCAAGUUCCAGCACCAGGUCGCCUCAGCCUAUUACGGUUGAUUUGGAAAAUGAUGAAGGUAAUAUUGAAACAGAACCAACUUUCCGCACAAAUGAGGAUAAUGUUGUCCUAGAAUCGAAUAGAAAACGGUCUAGAAAACGUCAAAGAAAUAUGAGUGAGUGGAAACAAGUUAUAUCGAAGCGUUUUAAGAACAGUGGCCUAGAGUAUAUAACAAAGAAAGGAAAAGUUGUAGCAGCAAAAUCUAUUCUUCCUCCUUGCACUAACAAAUGCCGACUAUCGUGUUCCACUAAAGUUUCUUCUGAAAAGAGGAACAUAAUUUUUAAAUCCUACUGGGAACUGGGAACACAUCAAAGACAAAGAGAUUUUCUUGCGUCCUGUGUCAAAAAAAUUCAUCCUGCAACCCGAAGAGUCACAGUCACUGUUAAUAGCACCUGUAAAGAACCAAAAAAACCAAACUCGAGCUUCUACUUUAUAGUAGAUGGAAAAGAAGUUAGGGUUUGUCGGACAUUUUUGCUAAAUACAUUGGUUAUUGGUGAAAAAACUUUACGAAAUGUAAUUGACAGUGUAUCUAUUCAUGCUUUGAGUGUGAGUUUUACUGAUAAACGUGGAAAUCACGGCAAACAUUGUAAACUUACUGAUGAAGAAAUACAAUCAGUUCAUGACCACAUAAAUUCGAUCCCACGGACGGAGAGUCAUUACCUAAGGGCGAAUACAACCAGAGAAUACAUAGAUGGAAGUCUGACUAUAGCUGAGCUCCAUCGCAGUUAUCAAAGACUCAGACAAGAAGCUGGUAGACCAGCCGUCAAUUACGACGCUUACCAUCGAAUCUUCAACACUGAUUUUAAUUUAGGCUUAUUUGCACCUCGUAAAGACCAGUGCGACGAAUGCGAAGCCUACAAAAACGCUGUCGACAAAGAACCAUUGAUGGAUAAGCAUAAAUUACACCUUGAGGAAAAAAGUCUGGCCCGAUUGGAACUUGAAAAGGACAUAGAACAAAGCAAACAGAUAGAUUCGAAUAAUAUAGUAGCCAUAUUCGACCUACAGGCAGUCUUACCAUGUCCUAUUGGCCAAUCGUCAGCUUUCUUUUAUAAGUCAAAGAUUAACUGCUACAAUUUCACGGUAUGA